AGUAUACUACAAGUACACUAGUUCAGAUAUGAAAAACAGACUUUUCAUUGAUAAUUUAUUAUCUUUAAGUUUAUCUUUUAACAUUGCAUUGGACUGUAUUAAAAUCUUUUUUCACUUUCAUUAAACAUACAUCUGUUUAUUUUAAGCACAAAGAGUGUACACUAAUUCAGCUAUAAAGAACAGAUCUUUUGUUUUCUAAUCUCUGAUUCAAUCUGUCACUAUCUGUUUGAUAAUGUUCAUUAAGAUACUUGGUAAAUUUGAUUUCAAUAAUCGCUAUGUCAUACAACGUACGAUAAGAGAGAUGAAAUAGAGAUAAAAUAGAUAAGAUAGAUAAACAAAAACUCUACCCUAAAAUUAGAAUCAAGUUUAGAAAAAAAGGAUCAUUCUCGAAAUUGAAAUAAUUUUAAUAUAUCUGCUCCGACAUGGCAAACACUGGCCUAUUAGUUUUAACAAAUCCUGCAAAAAUGAAACGAUUGCUAUGUGUAAUUCAGAGGCACGUUUUAAAAACAUUGUAUAUCCAAUAUCUUCCAGAAAAUAUUUUUGCAGGAAGUUAUAAUACUGCCACGUUACAACGUGGGAAAGGCCCUGAAUAUUCUAAAAAAAUUGUUGACAUAUAUAUAAAUACUUCUCCUAUUGCCUCUUGCAUUGAUAUUCGUGUUUUGUUGACCAACUUAAAACAUUCUGAUAGAUCUAUUAUAAACACCAAAAAACCUAUAGAAGUGGUGAUCUUCGAUCAGAAGUGCAGUAAAGAACAGGCUGAUACAUUCAUUCAGGAUUAUUUAGUCAAUAAAUCGCUGGACUAUAGCUUUGUUAAUUAUAAUCAUAGUUCAGAUCCAAAUUAUUGCAAGAAUAUAGAACAUGACAUUCAGAAUAUAAAAACUUACAAGAAUGUGGUAUUAGGUGGCACAUUUGAUAGGUUGCACAAUGGUCACAAAAUCUUAUUAAGUGAGGCUGCUCUGCGUUGUACAGAAAAACUUACUGUUGGUGUAACAGAUACAAAUAUGCUUUCUGGUAAAAUACUGUGGGAACUUAUACAACCAUGUACGCAGAGAAUAAAAGCAGUCAAAGAGUUUUUAAAAGAUGUAGAUUCGUCAAUAACAUAUAAUAUCGUUCCUAUCAAUGAUAUGUAUGGACCUACUAAAGAGGAUCCAUCAUUGGAGAUGCUUGUUGUGAGCCAAGAAACAAGACGUGGGGGUGAUAAAGUCAAUGAAUUACGUUUACAAAAAAAUUUAAACAAAUUAGACAUCCAUACAGUAGAAUUAGCUAUUGAUGAGGGCCAUAAUGAACAUGAAGAGGCUAAAAUUAGUUCUAGCAAUCAUAGAAUGCGUUUACUUGGCACGAGGAUUCAACCUCCUAGAGAAAAUAGGAUGAUAAGACCUUAUAUUAUUGGUUUGACGGGUGGUAUCGCAAGUGGAAAAUCUUCAGUUGCUAAAAAAAUGCAACAACUCGGCGCUGGUCUUGUAAAUUGUGAUAAGUUAGCACACGAUUUAUAUUUGCCUGGGAAAGAUUGCUUUCAUAAAAUAGUUGAACAUUUUGGUUCUUCUAUUCUCAAUUCCGAUGGAUUUAUAAAUAGAAAAAUGCUUGGUGACAUAGUGUUUAAUGACAAAGAACAAUUGGAAAAAUUGAAUAAAUUAAUUUGGCCUUUACUUCUGCAAGCAGCUAAAAUAGAAAUAGAAAAUCUUAAUUCCAAGGGUUAUGAUAUUAUUGUAUUGGAAGCAGCAAUUUUAAUUCAAGCUAAAUGGCAGAAUGAAUGUAGUGAAAUUUGGACUUGUAUUAUUCCACAAAAUGAGGCUAUAAAACGAGUUAUGGAUAGAAAUGGAUUAUCUGAAAAAGCAGCAAAAUUACGAAUUGAUAUGCAACCAAGUAAUACAGAACAAGUUAAGGAAGCCAAUGUUGUUAUAUGUACUUCAUGGAGUCAUGAAGAAACGUUAAUACAAGUGGAAAGAGCAUGGAGAGAACUAAUAAAAGAUUUGAAUAAGAAACAAGAAACAAUUUGUUCUCAUAUAUAACAUUCAAUUAUUUUGUAUUAUACAAUUUAUAAUUAGAAUAUUGUUAUAUUAAUGAGAAAAAUAUAAAUAAUGCAUUUUUGUUUAUAUAAAUAAUUAUAAUACAGGGACAGAUAUUGGUAAUAAAAGAAUCCUAUUUUUUAU